UAUGCGGCCAAGAUCAUCAACACCAAGAAGCUGUCUGCUCGAGAUCACCAGAAGCUGGAACGAGAAGCCCGGAUCUGCCGUCUCCUGAAGCACCCCAACAUCGUGAGGCUCCAUGACAGCAUCUCUGAAGAGGGCCACCACUACCUGAUAUUUGACCUGGUCACUGGCGGGGAGCUGUUUGAGGACAUUGUGGCCAGGGAGUACUACAGCGAAGCGGAUGCCAGCCACUGCAUCCAGCAGAUCCUGGAGGCUGUCCUGCACUGCCACCAGAUGGGGGUGGUCCACCGUGAUCUGAAGCCUGAGAACCUGCUGCUGGCAUCCAAGCUGAAGGGGGCUGCCGUCAAGCUGGCUGACUUUGGCCUUGCCAUCGAGGUGGAGGGGGAUCAGCAAGCGUGGUUUGGUUUCGCUGGUACUCCAGGAUAUCUCUCCCCUGAGGUGCUCCGAAAGGACCCUUAUGGCAAAGCUGUGGACCUGUGGGCUUGUGGCGUCAUCCUCUACAUCCUGCUGGUCGGGUACCCGCCCUUUUGGGAUGAAGACCAGCACCGACUCUACCAGCAGAUCAAGGCUGGGGCUUAUGAUUUCCCCUCCCCUGAAUGGGACACGGUCACUCCGGAAGCGAAAGAUCUCAUCAACAAGAUGUUGACCAUAAACCCGUCCAAGCGCAUCACGGCAGCGGAGGCUCUGAAGCACCCCUGGAUAUCGCACCGUGCCACUGUGGCAUCAUGCAUGCACAGGCAGGAGACAGUGGACUGUCUGAAGAAGUUCAAUGCCCGGAGGAAGCUGAAGGGAGCCAUCCUCACCACCAUGCUGGCCACCAGGAACUUCUCCG